AAUGCUGUCUGCUAAAUCUCUUCAAAUUCCUUCAUCUCUUGCACUCCUUCUCUCAUCGGCACUAAUCUAACGUGCCGAUAUAGUUUCAUUUUUCAUAGUGGAAAACCAAUGAUUUUUCAGUUUUAUGUUUGCAUGUUUAACUAUUUUAUAUAAGGCAUAAUUUUUUUCGUAUUUGUUAAUUAAAUUUGAAACAAGACAAAAUGACAGAUCGCUACUCAAGAGCGGACACCGGUGCUAUGCUAUCUCCAGAUCCAGAUGAAACUAAAAUCAAACCUUUUGGUCAAAGCAGAGAGGGAAAGGCUGCUCCAAGAGGCUCUUUUAGUGACAAAAGAAAUAGAGCUAUCGGAGUUUUUACGAGUGGCGGUGAUUCACAAGGUAUGAAUGCUGCCGUACGAGCUGUUGUAAGGAUGGGAAUGUAUAUGGGAGCUAAAGUAUUUUUUAUUAAAGAAGGAUACCAAGGUAUGGUUGAUGGAGACAAAUACAUAGUUGAGGCAACCUGGGUCAGCGUUUCAGGCAUCAUACAUAAGGGUGGUACUGUUAUUGGAAGUGCCAGAUGUAAAGAAUUCACAACUCGAGCUGGUAGACUAAAAGCAGCAGCUAACUUAGUAAGGCAUAAUAUCACAGAUUUAGUUGUUAUUGGUGGUGAUGGUAGUUUAACAGGUGCUAACAUAUUUCGACAAGAAUGGUCAUCUUUACUAGAUGAGCUGGUUGAAACAGGAGUUAUAACUGCUGAAAAACGUUCAGAAUGUACACAUCUGAAUGUUGUUGGAAUGGUUGGUUCAAUUGAUAAUGAUUUUUGUGGAACUGAUAUGACCAUUGGAACUGAUUCAGCUUUACAUCGAAUAAUAGAAUCCAUUGAUGCUAUUGUUACCACAGCAUCAAGCCAUCAACGAACUUUCAUAUUAGAAGUUAUGGGCCGUCAUUGUGGCUAUUUAGCCCUUGUAGGUGCAUUAGCCAGUGAAGCUGAUUUUGUUUUCAUACCUGAAUGGCCACCAGAAAGAGCUUGGCCAGAAACUCUUUGUAAGAAGUUAUUGCAGGAACGUGCAAAUGGUCAAAGAUUGAAUAUCAUCUUGGUGGCAGAAGGAGCCCAAGAUAUAGAUGGGAAUCCUAUUUCAGCUGAGCAAGUGAAAAAAAUUAUUGAAGACCGUUUACAACAAGACACACGAAUCACAGUUCUUGGUCAUGUACAAAGAGGAGGAAGUCCUUCUGCAUUUGAUCGCAUUUUGGGUUGUCGUAUGGGUGCUGAAGCUGUUCAUGCACUUUUGGAAGCAACACCAGAUUCAGAAGCUUGUGUUGUUUCAUUAGAUGGAAACCAAGCUGUCAGAGUGCCUCUUAUGCAAUGUGUUGAAAAGACUAAAGCUGUUGGACUAGCAAUGGGUAAUAAAUCAUGGGAAGAAGCUGUGAAAUUAAGAGGAAGGAGCUUUGAACGAAAUUUACAAACUUAUAAGAUGCUUACUAGACUAAGACCUCCAAGAGUUAUAUUUGAUGAAAUGGUGCAUGGAAAAAAAGGUAAUACUUUUGCUGUGAUGCAUGUUGGAGCUCCUUGUUGUGGAAUGAAUGCAGCUGUGAGAUCAUUUGUUAGAAACUGUUUAUUUAGAGGAGAUACAGUAUAUGGCAUCCAUGAUGGUAUUGAUGGGCUGAUAGAAGAUAAUAUUCAAGAUAUGAAGUGGUCAGAUGUAACUGGGUGGGUUGGACAAGGAGGUGCAUUUUUAGGGACUAAAAGAACACUGCCUGGUCAAUAUAUGGAGCAAGUUGUUGAGCAAUUUAGGAAAUACAAAAUACAAGCUCUUUUAGUUAUUGGCGGAUUUGAGGCAUUCCACUCAGUAUUGCAGCUAGCUGAAGCCAGAAAAAAAUAUUCUGAAUUACAAAUUCCAAUGUGUGUUGUACCAGCUACAAUUAGUAACAAUGUUCCUGGAACAGAUUUUUCACUAGGAGCAGACACGGCAAUCAAUGAAAUAACUGAAAUUUGUGAUAGAAUCCGCCAAUCAGCCCAGGGCACAAAGCGGCGUGUUUUUGUUGUGGAAACUAUGGGUGGCUAUUGUGGCUAUCUAGCAACUCUUGCAGGAUUGGCAGGUGGCGCUGAUGCUGCUUAUAUUUUUGAAGAACCUUUCUCAUCCAAAGAUUUGAUGGGAGAUGUGUUCCAUAUGCAGUCUAAAAUGGCUGAAGGCGUGCAAAGAGGAUUAGUUUUGAGAAAUGAAAAAGCAAAUGACAAUUACACCACUGAUUUUAUAUAUCGUCUGUAUUCUGAAGAAGGAAAGGAUAUAUUUUCAACAAGAAUGAAUGUUCUUGGGCACAUGCAACAAGGUGGCAGUCCAUCACCUUUUGAUAGAAAUUUUGGUACAAAAAUGGCAGCUAAAGCUACUGAUUGGCUUUUAACACAGUUAAAACAAUAUAAACAAGCUGAUGGUAAAAUUUGUUGUACAUCUCCUGACACUGCAGUGUUAAUGGGCUUAGUAAGACGACAGUAUCUGUUUACUCCAGUACAGACUUUGAAGCAAGAAACUGACUUCAAGCAUAGGAUACCCAAACAUCAAUGGUGGCUGAAGUUACGUCCACUUCUCCGUAUCCUUGCAAAACACGAUUCAUCUUAUGAAACAGAAAGUAUAGCUACUUCUGCAGUCCCAGAAAUGGAUUAAAUCUUGCACCAGCUUCUUUGUAUGAAUACAUUAAUACUUUUUUGAUCUUAUACAACAGGAUUGAGGGUAUGCAGCAAAACAUCUUCUUUACCUGUAUAAGAAUUAAUUACUAUGUAAAUAGGUAUUACCUAUGUGUUAGACAUUGAUCUUAGUGGAUAUUUAGCACUCAGCGUUUCGUGGAAGCUUUUAGAAUUUUUUUAAAUAUGGAUACAACAAACAGAAAACCAUAAUUUUUUAAAGCUUUUUUUUCUCUAUUUAUUUAGGUGAAAAGAUUUUGUUAAUUUUUUUUUUUUUUCAUUUAGCAGAAAAUUUUUAUGUAUAGUGCAUGCAAAAUUUAUUUUAUAAUAUUGUAGAAUUUGUUUAUGGUGCAUUUUUUUCUGUUUUAUAUAAAAAAUACUACUUUGAUUUACUUUUUUUUCCUUUUACAUAUUUAAUAUGAUUUGUUAUGAUAUUUGUUUGUUGUGAGUGGAUUAUAUUUAAUUAUUAAAUGUGAGUAUUUUGGUUGGAUCAAUAUUAAAGUGUCCUUGAUUAAAAUUUUGGAAAGAGCUGAUUUUUUUAUUAACUGAAAAUUAUUACUUCGACCUAAAAAGAAGUCCAGUUAUUUCAUGAUCAUUGUUUUCUUUCAAUUUUGAAUGUCUUAUUUAGGAAUAAAUUGUGUACAUAUAGCUUUUUUUACACAUUCAAUUAACUUAUUUACUUAAUAAGCUCUCCUUUUAGAAGCUAAAAAGCAUUUUUCUUUAUAAUUUUUCAUAUUCAUCUUUUCUUCUUUUUUUACAUCACUUGGAGGCACAGUUUUAUAAAAAUAAUGACAUGUUUGAUCUCUAGCGUUUGGAAACUUUUGGACUCACUCAAAUAGGUUUCAAAGAUUUAUUAAUCAGUAAAACAUUUAAAUGACUUAUGUCUCAUUAUUUAAUUUCCUUAAAAUAUUUUAUGGAAAUAAUUUUUGAGAAUCUUUAAAGAAUUAUUGGUAAAUGCUUACUGUAAAAAAAAAUUAAUGAAUUGCAAUAAAAAAUUUAAUAAAAUUUUUGAAUAUUUUUUUACUUAAUACAUAAUGCUUUUUUCCAUUAAGUUCUUGUGGUUUCUAAUAUUAAUUAACAUUAUUUAUUACAGUACUAUAUAUAUAUAUAUAUAUAUAUAUAUAUAUCAGCUCUGAAUACUUUUUGAAAAGUUUCCAGCGGUGUACAAAUUAAAUUAGUCACAUUAUAUUUCACAUGAGUUGCACAACAUAUAGGUAUCAUGCAUUGUUGCCAUUAACAUUUGUUAGUCAUUUUUAGUUAUGCUGUUCUAGUGUAACUGUUUGUUUUAGUACAAAGUUUAAUAUUAAUUUAAUUAUAAUCACUGCCAUUUUUAGAAAUCUAAAAUGAAGAGUAAUAAUGCGUCCAUUUUUUUUAUUAGCAUCUUUUUUUAUAUUUAUUUUCUGAUUUAUUUAAGAAUUACAGAGUAGUUUCUUAAUUAUGACUAGUAUAUUUUGUAAAUUACUCAUAAAAUACUGAAGUGCUUUUAAUGUAAGUUAGCCAUGUGCCUCUUUAUCAUUCAUUCUUAAAUGUGAAAUCUCCAGCUGGGAAAACAAGGGUCAUGAAAUUUGUAGACUUCUGACAGUUAACAGAGCAAUGUUCUCAUGUUUGAAAACAGAUUAAGUGGUGGGGAGAAUUCUAUUAUUUAUGAAUCAAGCAACUAAUAUUUCCCAAUGGAAUUUUCUGCUAUAUUUCUGUGGAAAAUAACAGAAUAUAUGUCCGCUAUAUUUCAAGCAUUUUUUUUUUUUCAAUACCAGAGUUAUUUAUAUCUGUAUAUUUUUUUUAAUAUUUGUAAACGUAGAAAAUGCCAUGCUUUUUAUUAUCUAAAUCACUAAUUGUAGAAUUUUGUUAUUGCUUUUUUCUAGUUUUGUUUAUCUUGAGGCUUAGAAUCAUUGUUACUGUUAUGAUUUUCCUCCCUACAUUUCAAAGCUUUUCAUUGAUUUAUUUUUAAUAUACAUUCCUUUUUCUUUCUUUUUAUUUGAUUCCUUUCUUUUCACAAGAUAUUUCGUUCCAUAUUAACAUUAAAAAUUAUGAGAUAUAUACAACUACAAUUAAAAAUUAUUAUAAUUUGUUAUUAAAAGUUAUUAAAAUUAUUAAAUUAUUAAAAAAUAUUGUAUUUUUGAAUAUUACUAUAUAAAAUUAUUAUUUAUGUAAAUGUUGCACAUUUCAAUUUAACUACAUGUUACAUUUCAUAUUUUAAUAUGUAUUUAAUUGGAAUUAGAUAUAAAAUUUGAUUACAUUACUUGUUGAGUGUUUGUGCUCUAAAACUAUCUAUUGUGAACUGUACAUAUUCCAGUUUUCUUAUUCAAAUUGUCUUUAAAAUGAAUAUUUCUCCUAGUCGAUGUUUCUGUGAUGUUUUUAGUCUUCAAAGUAUUCAAUUAGCUGGAUUAAAAUCAUCAUAAAUUUUGUUGAUUGUUGUAUUUAUUCCCGAGGCUAAAAAAUUGUGAUCUGAUUGAAAAAUAUGUUCAUUUAAUCAAAUAAAGGUAUUUUUCUUGUUUGUAAAUUGAUUCAAUAAUACUGCAGAAAUGGUAAUGCAGAGAUAAAUUUUUUAAUGAUAUACAUAUAU